AUGAAUCAUCACGAGAACAGCACUCCUGAACCUCGCCCCAGCAUGCAGCAGGUCAGCGCGCCGGAACCGGCUCGAACGGGUAGCAAAGAUAUGGAGGCUGGUGUUCAUGAAAUACAAUUGAGGUACAAGCUCUCUCCUGUCACCAUGAAAGCUCUAUGCAGUGUCUCGCGGGCUCCGGAUCGACGGCAGGUCCUUUACAAGUCAUGUCUCGCAAGCGAAUUUCGCUCUUUUCCCUUGAAACAAGCCGAAACAAAUUUGUUCCGCGAAAUCAACGAUCACACGGCAAUCCCGUACAACAUCAAAGAAGCAAUCACUCAGCCAUGGCACAAGGUCUUUCUCCUAGUCCAGGUAGACCUCCUCCGCACCGGCUGGCCCAACAAGAUAUCCGCGGCCACGAGAAGGGAGCUCUACAAAGAAAAAGGCAGGAUCUACGCGCUUCUAGAUCGCGUCCUACGAUGCCUCGCGGACAUUGUGGGGCUGCGACGGGACGGCAGAGGCAUAAACGCGGUCUUGGACGUGCUGCGGAGCGUCAAGUCUGGUGUCUGGGAAGGGGCAGGCCAAGAACUGCUUUUGGUUGAUGGCAUUGGUGCUGCGAGAAUGGACAAGUUAUUCCGAAGUGGGAUCAAGAGUAUUCAUCAGCUGGCACGGCUUGAUUUCUGCAAAAUCGAAAGGCUGAUGAGCCGCAACCCGCCGUAUGGUCACAACUUGUUGCAACAGCUUGCCGGAUUCCCCAAGCUGUCUUGCCGGUUCGACAUCAUUCAAAACCACCCGUCAUGUGACAAAGCUCGUCGUCGUCGUCAUCAGCACGAUGAAACCGAGGCGCCGCCUACCCUUCUUUGGAUUUGCCGCAUCGUGCUGGCGUACGAGAAUGCUCAGCUGCCACUCUGGAAUAAAAACAACCCAUGGGUUACCUUGGUGUUGGAAGGCGGCGAUGGGAGGCUUGUUUGGUUUUGGCGUGGGAGCGUGAAGAAGCUCGCGCCACACAAACAAUUGGUGGUGGGAUUGGAACUUGAGAGCGGCGAGAAGAUCGGAUUCAGGUUUGCCUGCGAGGAGAUAGUCGGCACAGUGGUUCACUCCUAUCAUCAGAUUCCUUGA